GGAGGCGGGCCGAGGAGGAAGGGGUGGGGAAGGCGGUAGAAGGAGGAGGGGUCUCCGUCCCGGACCCCUCCUCCCAAGGUGAGGUGCCAGAACCCCACGGUGCCACGCAGAGACGAGACCCGAACACGCUCCGGGGAAGCCGUGCAGCCGAGCAGCUCCAGCCGCCGCCCUAGACCAGCCGGAGGAUGAACGCAGGCUCGGACCCCGUGGCCAUCGUGUCCGCGGCCAGAACUGCGAUAGGAUCUUUUAAUGGUGCGUUAUCCACCGUCCCUGUCCAUGAGCUGGGCUCCACCGUCAUUAAAGAAGUCCUAAAAAGGGCUAGCGUUCCUCCAGACGAGGUGUCCGAGGUCAUUUUUGGGCAUGUUUUGUCAGCGGGUUGUGGUCAGAAUCCUGUUCGACAGGCCAGCGUGGGAGCCGGGAUCCCCUACGCCGUGCCAGCUUGGAGCUGUCAGAUGAUCUGUGGGUCAGGCCUCAAAGCUGUGUGCCUUGGGGCCCAGUCUGUUGGGAUCGGAGAGUCCAGCAUUGUUGUAGCAGGAGGCAUGGAAAGCAUGAGCAAGGCUCCUCAUUUUGUUCACUUGAGAACAGGAUUGAAAAUGGGAGAGACCCCUUUGAAAGAUACCGUGAUCUGUGACGGUCUUACAGAUGCAUUCCACAACUAUCACAUGGGUGUUACAGCUGAAAAUGUAGCACAGAAAUGGAAAGUGAGUAGAGAAGACCAAGAUGGAUAUGCUCUCUUGUCACAGAACAGGACAGAGAAUGCUCAAAAAGCGGGCUAUUUUGACAAAGAGAUUGUACCUGUUUCUGUGCCUUCCAGAAAAGGACCUGUGGAAGUUAAAACAGAUGAAUUUCCUCGCCAUGGAAGCACUUUAGAAGCGAUGUCCAAACUGAAGCCUUGCUUUCUGACGGAUGGAUCAGGAACAAUAACUGCUGCUAAUGCUUCAGGAAUGAAUGAUGGAGCGGCAGCUGUGGUCCUCAUGAAAAAGUCAGAAGCAGAAAAACGAAGUCUUACACCCUUAGCACAAAUUGUAUCCUGGUCACAGGUUGGUGUAGAUCCUGCCAUUAUGGGAUCAGGACCAAUUCCAGCAAUAAAGCAGGCUGUUGCCAAAGCAAACUGGACACUAGAGGAUGUUGAUGUAUUUGAAAUCAACGAGGCCUUUGCAUCGCUUUCUGUAGCAAUAUCAAAGGAACUUGGUUUGAAUCCAGAAAAGGUCAACAUUCAAGGUGGAGCCAUAGCUUUGGGGCAUCCCAUUGGAGCCUCAGGGUGUCGAAUUCUUGUUACUCUACUACAUACACUGGAGCGAACUGGUGGAACCCGUGGAGUUGCUGCUCUGUGCAUUGGAGGAGGGAUGGGAAUAGCAAUGUGUGUUCAAAGAGGAUGAAAAGAAAAAAUUUUAUAACCUUGGUCUCCAGUAAAAUUUAACCACAUUUUAGUUCAAGUCUUAAAAAAUGAACUAAUUUAACUACCUGUGAACACAUUUCAGGGACCAAAAAACAGCAGAGGAAAGAUGUUUUAUUUCAUCUCCCUUUUAAAAACUCAAGUCAACAUGACAGCUUGUUGUAUUUUUUAUGUCUAUACACUAAGUGCAAGACAACGGUACAGGAUGAAACUAAUCUCAACACUGUUAUAAAUAAAGAUAAUCAGAUCAGUCUUCAAUAGCCCCAGAGUGAACUGCAUCUUCAUAACCUCCUCCUCCUCUUUUAUCAUCUUUACUUUCUGGAUGUAACUUAAUGAGGUCAUCAAUUCGAAGAAUGGUAAUUGCAGCUUCUGUUGCAAAUUUCAAACUCUUAACUUUGACCAUGGUAGGUUCAAACACACCACUCUGCCUGUUGUCUCGAGGUUUGCCGUUGAUUAAGUCAAGACCAAUCCUGCAAUUGAAAAGAAAGAAUGGUAUUAAAACAAAGGCUAUUUCAUCUCUUAAUAAAGCCAUCUCCCUUCCCUCACCCUUGGAGUGUUGUUUUAAAUAUAUGGUGCUUGCAUAUAAACAUACUUCCUGGAAGCUAUUCACCUCCCUGUGCCUCCAUCAGUAAUGAAGAUUCCAUUCUAUUAAAUGUUUUAACCUUUAGACAAAAGCACUCCCAAAAUUCUGCCUUCUUGGUACAUGCAAGAGGACAAUAAAAGUAGAAAAAUUAACACUUGCCAUUUUAGGUUCUUGCGUUCUGGGUUAACUUGAGCCUCAUUAUGAAAAGCUCUUAACUUGGCAACCAAAUCUGUAGAGUCUUGGGCAGCAUUAACUGCCAGUGUGUUGGGAAUAAUGAGAAGAGAUCUGGCAAAUUCUGCAAUAGCAAGUUGUUCCCGUGAUCCCUGCAGGGGAAAAAAAGGAAAAACUUUAGUGAGCAAUGGGAAUAGGUUCUCCUCCUCCACCUUCCCCAGUCUCUGAACUGUUCUUACCAUGCUGGUUGCGUAGUUCUCCAGAUAAAUGGAAAGCGCUGCUUCUACAGCACCACCACCUGGCACUACAGACUUUGACUCCAGGACUCUCUUAACUACACAGAGAGCAUCAUGUAAAGAGCGCUCCAUCUCAUCACACAUGAAAUCAUUUGCUCCACGUAAGAUAAUAGAGGCAGAUGUCCGAGCUCUAGUGCUGUUAAUAAACAGGCUUGGUUAACCAAUUCGUUUUAAUAAACCAGAAUUACAGAAUUAAAAAGUCUAAAAUGUUAAUACUUCACAAGGCAGCUGAACAGUAAUUUCUUCAAAAAUCAUUUUGCCUCAAUAUUAAAUGUCUAGGUAUAAAAAAGUUUAUUAGUCAUUCAGACUUUUGAAAAACCCAAGUGACUACCAGUCUAACCCAUAUCAGAACACUAUUCCCAUCUACACCUACGAUGUGCCCAACGAGUAAUCAUUCAGCCAUUACUUGAAGGUCUCUACAAAGGGACCCGCUUCUUCCACUUCGGAUUAGCACUAAUUCUAUCCUGCAGAAACAGGCCUCUUCCCAUCUUUCUACUCACUGCUGCUCUGGGGCUGAGCAGAACAAGUCUGAUGCCUCUUGGCCCACCCCCACCUUUUGGUAAGUAGUGCCCUAAACUAAACUGAUCCUUGUAUGGUACAAACAAGAUAGAAGUCCUCUCUGAUACUGGUUACCCGUUUCUCAAUACUCUCCAAAUUCUCAACAAUGUAAUAGAUCCUGUAACACAGAUGAAAUGAUGUUUUCACCUUAAUUUACAGGACUAAUCUUAAUGUCUCCCAUGCGUAUAACUGCUCAUACUACUGAAAGAAUGGCAGCAAAUAAAUGGGAAUUAUGUAACUCCAACUUAAUGAGAAUAAACUUUGGUAUUCCAUA